AUGGCGCCCAAAAGAGCAGCAGAAAGUGAAAGCUCCACAGAUUUUUCCAAAGAGUUGGACAAGAAGAAGUCGGUGACCGUGCGCCAGUUCAAUGGCAUGAAUCUUGUGGAUAUUCGUGAGUUCUACAUUGACAAGGUUAGUGGCGAGAAGAAACCAGGUAAAAAAGGUAUUGCGCUUUCGGAGAGCGCGUGGAAGGAGUUGGUCAGACUUCUGGAUGAGGUGAAUGACGCAUUGGACGCGUUGAAUGGAGGUAAAAGGAAGAAGGUUGAAGAGAAACCUGAUCAGAAACCUGAUGAGAAGAAAAAAGAGGAAGAAAAUGAUGAGAAGGAAAAGGAUGAAGAGAGGGAAGGAAAUAUAAAGGAACGUACUGUAAAAACAGAGGAGGAAUAA